AUGGGGAUCAGGAGGCACACAGGGAAAACAUUCGUGCCCGUUCUAGCCCCAAAGUGGGAGAAGAUCGACAGGGUUCGUCGACGUUUCAGGCAUGGCACUCCGUGGCUUAAGUUUCCAAAAGGUGUUGACAACGAUGACAUCGUGACGUCCACAGAAGCGAUCUCUGCCAAUCAUGAAGUCCUCACCACCAUUUUUCAAGUGCAUGGGCUCAAGCUUCAAUCCGUUCACUGCUUGAAGCGCGAGGCCAGAAAGCUCUUUGAGAAAAUCCCGUACAUUCCAGAGGACAAGAACCAGUUCUAUGUUGAUGGGUGGGAUUUGAGGAAGUUAACUCGGUUCACAGCCCGUCGGCAGAAGGAUGCUCACCGCCGUGGGCAGGUUCCCCGUGACAAGCAUGUCAGGGCCUUGUUCAAGCUCAUUCGUGACUUGAGGGUUGCCAAAGCCAAACGCAUGGGGCCCACUCCCAAAGAUUCCAGUGACUCCGAAGAGGACGCCGAUGCAGACAGCUGCAUGGGGUCAAUUAGUGAAAGUGAAUCUGAUGGUUCGGACCCUGAGCACAGUGAUUUGGAUGAUGACAAGGGAAAGCCCAAUGAAAAACUUGAACGUGAAGGGCAUCCUAAGGAACCAAAACCUCCAUCCAAGAAAGUUUCAGGGCAUGCGGAAUCUUCACCAACACAAUCAUCGGGGUCUGGCAGAAGCAAGCGUCAGAUUCAGUUUGACCAGCUCAUGAUUCAAAUCAAGGAGUUUGAGGAGAAUCUGCGAGAUGCUGAAGCACCGCCCGCUCCAACGAGUCCAAUCAUGCUGGAGGAUUCCCCUAGCAACAAGACCGACAAGGAGCCCGCGAAGCCCAUGGAGCCCACCACCAAGGAGCAGCCCACCGUCUGUCCUGAAGGUGGACGUGGACGUCCUCUUCGGCGUCUUCGCAGCAAGCAACCUGAUUCGGUCGGAUCAAAUCUUGACCAGGCUGACACGUUACCUUAUGAAGAAGCACCAAUCCCUGAUCACCCGAAACCGAAGGCAACGAAGGUGACACGCACUGUGACACCUGAUGCCCAGACGGCAUUGCGCAAGAAGCAGAUGCCAGCCAAGAGGGGUCGGCGCAAGAUGGGCGGGGGGGAACCAAAGGAUGGAGAAGAUAAGGCACCAUCGGCCCGUCGUGGUAGAAAGACAAACAAGGAGGGGGACAAGAAGGGAACAGGAGGAGAAAGGAAGGAGAAAGAGGAAAGGAAGGAGAAGGGUGAAAGAAAACAAAGGGUGAAAAGGAAAAACAGCAUCAAGAUGAAGAAGGAUCAGGAGGAAAGGAAGGAGACGGAGGAGGAUGAGAAGCCUCGUCGCAAGAGAACCCCCAGGGCCAAGUCUAAGGAUCAUAACACUAAUGAUUCAAAGGGUGAACAUGAAAAAACCAAGAAAACAAGAGAACCCAAGAAGUCAGCUACGUGUGAAAACGAAGACCAUGGCAGUGAAACAGAAAAAGGACAAUCCAAGGAUGCACGCGUGGAAGUGCCCAAGCCAGUGGAGCGCAAGCGCAAGCGGAGCAGAGUUCCAAUGGAUGUGAGGAGUGAUGAUGAUGAAACCGGUGGGGCUGAUGAUUUCAGUCCUGCGGGUUGCAAGGCUUGUAAAUUUUCAGCCAAAGGCUGCAGAAAAUGCAGGCAGGGAAAGGCAGAGGCAGAUCCCGCAACAACAUUUGGCUGCAGCAGAUGCAGACAUGCAGCCAAAGGCUGCAAAACCUGCAAGAGGCCAGGGUUUAAGCCAAGGCCGAGGAGAAAUUAG